AUGGACAGAGCUGAGUCUUUAAACGGUUCAGUUGAUCGAAGUCAUAACCAAUCUACAAUCGAGUUGGACUUUGAACAACAGCCAUUAUUAGGACACACUAGCGUACCUUCUCAUUCUCAUCAUAUUUCAGAUGUUUCAAACAUUAAGGAGACAGUUCCAGAAUGUAUAGAUCAAGAAGAUGAUUCAUUGAAUGUUAAUUCUAAUCUACAUAAUGAGCCGCAUAUUUAUACACAAAAGUCUAGUAAAGCUCAAAAAUAUAUUCCUCCUAAAUAUCCACACAGUAACUUAACAACUACCAAUAUUGGAAACAAUGAGUGCCAGCAUGAAGCUCCCCAAAUGCCAUUAUACGAUAAAAAUAAGCGUCUGAAUGAUCAAACAAAUAAGUCGAAGAAUAAGUCGAAGAAUGGGAGGAUGGGGCCACAACGAACAUCAAGAACCGCUAGAAAGCUAAAAUUACUGCCUGAAGGACCAUUUCAAAUGACCCCAGCUGAGUUUCAGACUGAUAUCUUCCCUGAGCAAGAAGUAUACUCUCAAGUUAAUCGGAUAACAGAUAAAAAUGCUAGACGUGACGCUGAAAAACUGGGAAAGGCGCAUAGGCAUUUACUUCCUAGAACAACUGCGUAUUGCACAGCUAGCAGUUAUAACAUGAGAGGACUUAUUCACUGGUUAAAAGAGACUAAAAAGGCACACCAAACAACUCCUAAAUUGUUUGACGAAUGUCUUUAUACACCAUUUAUAUAUAAAGAUUGGCGAGGUAGUAAACGUUUUGAGCAUGAUGAUGUUAUUCGUUUAGACGAUGAAGGAGGAGAUAUUAAUGUUAGCGAUAAACAGCCAGAUUUAUUUAUUUUUGAAUACGGUGUCAUUGUAAUGUGGGGUUUCAUAGAAAGGGAAGAGCAAGCACUGUUGGCCGAUAUUGAAAGAUUUGAACGUGAGAAAUUAGCUGAAGAAGAUAUUCAAAUCGAAGAAUUCAAUUAUUAUGUGACACAAAGUUACCAGCCAAGGAUUUAUAAUGAUUUUAUUACACUUAGAGACGGGUCAAAUUAUAUGGUUAAAUUAUCUAUAUCUCAUGCAAUUGCACAGAGCGUAAAAAUUUCUUUGUUUGAAGAGUUAGUCGAUAACACUAUCGAAGAUACACAAGGUAUUCCUCAAGAAAUCGCACUAAGUGGUAAAGUAUCAAUGAGUAAAGAAGACAUAAUGAAAAGUAUUGGAGAGCUGUUUAUAUUACGAAUUAACAUAAAUUUGCAUGGCUCUGUUUUAGAUUCCCCAGAGAUUAUGUGGUCAGAGCCUCAAUUAGAGCCUAUCUAUCAGGCAACUAGAGGCUAUCUAGAAAUAAAUCAAAGAGUUGCUCUGCUAAAUCAAAGAUUAGAAGUAAUCUCGGAUCUUUUACAGAUGCUGAAAGAGCAACUUGGCCAUUCUCAUGAAGAGUACCUGGAGUUUAUAGUAAUCGUAUUGGUUGGCGUAGAAGUGCUGAUAUCAUUAAUAAAUAUUGCUGUAGAUCUAAUUGCAAGUAAAACUUGA